AUGGUGGGCGGAAUCCCCCCCGGAUGGCGCUCGCCCCGGGAUAAACGGGCAAAGUCACGUUCCAACAUCGUGUCGCUGCUGUCACUGGCAGUCACCAGCGCGCUACCGGACCACGAGGUGGCGAAAGUGACGUAUGACGACGUCGAGCUGUGGCGGAAACGCUACCUGCUGGUGCUGACGGGUGACCACUCGAGUGUCACUACGUGGACCGAUGCCUCCUCCAAAGAGCCAAGCCCGUUGAUGCUGGAUCUAGACCUGUUAUUGGCGCCGUCGGAAGCAUCGGUCCUGACAUCAGUGUCGUCGCCAUCACCGCUCAAACUGCGUUUUGCCUCCGAUGCAUCACUCAAUAUUGUACCCCCAGUGGCAGAGGAGCAAUUGCCAUUUACUCAGCCACCACAAUUUCUUGAUACUGGCGAUAAACACCAUCGGUCAAUACCGAAAUACGCGAUGCCCCCAAAGAGUAAAGCGGUGAAGUCAGGAGCGAAAACCGUGCUUCACGAUCUUUCUAAACGUCAACCAAAGAAAGUUAGACGGUACUUGACGAAAAUCCUCGCCAAAAAAGUUGGUUCUCGCUGUCUUCGCAGAGAGCGGAUGCUAGUGCUCGUUAAAGAGGUUGAUGGAUUCCCCCUCCACUUUGACGAAACCGAGGUGGUUGAGCUGAGAAUUGUUGACAGACUCCAGGAACUCCACGUGCAAUUGGUGGUUAGGCAAGAAGAAUGUAUUGACCCUGAGGACUCCGGCGAGCGGUACUACCUCGAGUUCUUCCAGGAUAAAGAACACAAAAAACUCUUGUACAAAGUUCCCUUCGCUGUAAGCGAAGAUGGCAUGGGGUGCUCGGUGAAUUUCUACUCCCAAGUGGAUAAACUGUUAGCAUUAAUUCAACGACGACCGCGGAAGCACACUCGUUGUUUCAUUCUCAUUAGUCGGCUGCUGGUACUGCUGCUACGGUGGUUGUUUCUUAUGGAUUUGCUUCUCGGCCGGCCCAUUCUGCUUAAGUUGAACGUUUACAUCCCUGAUCUUGAGUAUACCAUCAGUAUCAGCUUAGGCGAACAGGCUAUGGCCCAAAUCUUGAAACCAAGAACGACGAUGACGCUUACAGACUUGCCUCAGGGAGGCUACCAUGUUCUGAGAAACCCUGCCAUGCACUUUAUGUGGGAACUCAUCCGUCGGCAAUUUGAACGCCAACGCGACCCAAAGCUAGACAAAUGGCUCCAUGACGCUGUAUUUCCUUGGUUCUGUUUCCGUGAGUACGACCGUUUGGAAUGGGCGUUCGAUGAUCUGGAGGUAUUCUUCCUCCAAACGCAGUUGGUCCACCAGUCUUCGGCUACCCUUGAGCUUCGCAGUGUGCAGAUUGCCAGUGACAGUUCACCUCCCCUGGUGGAAGGUUUUGUCAUUCGAGGAACUGUCCACAAAAAGCAUGAUUAUCUCUUUACCUGUGGCAACUUAUUCCUAUAUUGCGACGGGGCACUAGCAUUACCGCCACCGGUUUCGGCAGGAGAUCAACCGGAAAUUGUUUAUGAGGUGUACCCGCUUGAUGAAAACAAACGUAUUACUUGGCUUAAGUCUCCGUUCGAUUGGCAACGUGACGACGAGGCGCGUCGAGAGUAUCAGCGAAGGGUGAGUCUUUUCAUCCGUCUGCGGUCAAUCGUGGAAUUACAGCGAGUGGUUGACGUAAAACCUCUGGGUACUGCACAAUUUGUCGUGGAGAUGGAUACCGGCAGCAAUCUUCUGUAUACGGUGCAACUGACGGCAGUGAGAGAUUGCUGGGUGGAACGACUCGGUCAUUUGGUUAAGUAUUGGCAACAGCGGAGCGUGGAGAAGACCGCGGUGGUGAGAACGGUGAAAACUCGUAAUAUUCGCCAUCUCGGGAUCGAUGACUACCUUGACUCAAACAUCUACGACUAUGUGGAGCAAGGGGAGCAGCGCCGGGCGUUUGCUGAUACUCGCAUGUUCCCUGUGGACCAAGUCACUGGUGGGCGCGUGGUCCUCGCUCUGGGGAUGUUAUACCUCAAGAUGAAAAAGCAUGCUAACUGGAAUAAAGUGUACAUGGUGCUUGUCCCCGGGUACAUGUUGUUGUGUCAUUAUGCGCAAAGAUCGAAGCUUGAUGGUCGUGUGCGCCGGGAUAACGUCCACCAACGGUUUCUUACCCUCCCGUUGUCUCGAAGCUUUGUAUACCUGGGAGCACUGACGCUUCCCGAUUUGCUUGAGCGGUCGCUGGAACAGUACCAUAGCGAUCCUGGCCGGGCGCCGUUGCCUCGGUGCUAUAUUGACGACGGGUGGCGGCUGAGUGAAGAAGAGUACAUGCGUUGUUUCACGGUGUGGCUCGGUCUGAAACGGAGGCUUAGAGGCAACAAAGUCGUCGACGAAGCCGCCAACCCGGGGCUCACCAAGAUGGCGGCACGGUUAGGGAUCACGGGGAAACUGUUGGUGUUUAUGGCUCGGCUGCGCCAAGAGCGGGAGCGGUGGAUGCAGACGAUUCUUUCCGAGAUCGACCGCGAGGUUGUCGAGGCCCACGACCACCGCUUGCAUCCGGACUACACGUCGCCGUUACAGUAA